UUAUAUUUGGGACGUGGCACUACCCUGGGGAAGACCUUCAUCAGUUCAGAGGUAAAGAACUGUUUUGGACUUAACAAUGACUUAUUGUAGCAGCAAGGAAAGAAUGUGACGGAAGGAGUGCUGUGGGGUGUGGCCAGGUAAUAGCAGCCAGCCCUCUACCUGCUCAGGUGGUUUAGCUUUAAAGCAGCUGAAAAGAGAGUUCCUCAGACUAACACCUGCUGGAGCUCUGUGUGCUAGGUGGUAACCGAGCAAACUGGAAAUAUGCUUUGCUAAACGGAGGAGCUAAGAAACAUUAGGGAAAGCAGAAAUAAGGAUGAAGAAGCAUAAUUCGGUUCAGGGAACUUUUAGCCGACUCUUUGGGAAAAAGCAUGCCAGCAACAAUUCUACAAGCUCCCUCUUUGUCACCAACCCUCCUUGGAUCUUCACACAAGAGGUCAACUCUGACAGCCUGAAAACCUCAGGUGAAGUGGAUGGUAUUUAUUAUGGCGGCAAUCGCUUUGGGUCAAUGACAGAUUCUGGAACAGCCACACUUAAACCACGUCCAAGAGUGCGCCCUCUGCUCACUUUCUUGCCUCUGAAUGCUCAAGAAGCACAUGGGGUAGCUGUACCAACACCAUCUGUUCCAGACAGCUUUGAGGACAAGCUACCAGCAGGUUCACAAAUCAAUGGCAGUUAUAGAAAGUACAAUUCAGUCAUUGACCUGAGGACAAAGCCAUUUGGGGAUGAUUAUUUGGAUGAUGACUACAUUCCACCACCACCUUCAAUUCCUCCUCCUUCACCACCACCACUUUCAGUUGAUUUACCACCAGUUUCACCUUCUGUGGUAGUUCUACCUCCACCACCAAUGACUCCUCCACCUCCACCACCAAUGACUCCUCCACCUCCACCACCAAUGACUCCUCCACCUCCACCUCCACCAGCAUUGCCAGCUCCAUGUCUUUCAACUCUGGCGCCAUCUUCAUUCCCAUAUUCCGAUGUGUCUUCUCCCAGUACUCCAACUCCACCAGACUUCAUUCCUCCUCCCCCUCCUCCCCCACUUCCUCCUCCAGAGUUUAUGGAUACUGCAGUAUCUUCUAUUCCUCCAGUUUCAUUACCAGUUCAUACACAAUUCUUCUCAAAUGGUGUGUCUAAAUGGAAAUCAGAGACUUCUCUCAAUUCUCCAGCAAUACCUAUUCACAAGGAGACACAGUUACCGCAAUCCAGCCCAGAGGCUCAUCUCACUUUCCCCAAAUUAUUAAAAGUACCCCCUCCAACUCCCAUGAGAACAUCAUCUAUUUCCUCAGGAGAAAAAGACUUUAGUUCCAAAGAAUAUUUUCCUACAAUGGCACCAGACAGUCACACUCCUCUGUUACCUACUGUACAAUCUUCUACCAUAGUUUACUCAGAGGCAGAAGCUGGGGCCAAAACUACUAUGGAAAAGCAUUCUGCUUUAGUCACAGUAUCUGAAACAUCAGAUUCCAAAAGUCGCCCACGGAAGAAAAAACAGAAUUUAUCUUGGUCCACCGAAGAAAGAACAGAAUUUUCAUCUCCAGAUCAUGCAUCGUCUGAUGAUGAUAUCUGGAAAGAACGUUGCAAUUUAGAUAAGUUGAAGAAUGAACUGUCAACCCUACUGUCCUCAACUUGCAGAAAGGAUGACCGGCCAAUGGAAAGAAUUACAGUUUCUAAAGCUAAAGGCACAGAUAUUGAUAGCAACAAUAUUACUACAGAUGAAUUAAAACUAGUUAAGCAUGAUGUGAAAAAAAUACAUUUAUCACAAGGAGCGGAGAAUGAGAAGAAAGAAAAGAAAUGUGCCAAUAAUCCUCCAGCCAAAUCUUCCACCAAAGAUGCUUUCUCAACUACAGACACUCAAGCAAAUUGUGCUAUGAAACUGAAAGAGGAGUUGGAAGCUUUAUUGUCUCCAGUCAAGGAAGGAGGCCCACCUUUGGCACUUGCAAACCUGAGACAUAAUCCAGAAAAAAGAAAACAAGUUACUCUUCAGUUUUCCAGCAAUAAGGUCAAUAAUGGUGAGUUAAAAUUUUCAACAGGAAAACUGGAAGGUACAGAGAAGGAACCAACAAUGCCUAGUGAUUCUGUCCACACAUCCAAGUCACCAGUUCCAUCUUUAAAACCCAAAAGUGAACUUUUGGCUCCAGCUACAUCUUCCUCUCCUAAUUCUGAGGCUACCUUAGUCACACAAAGUGCUUCUCCUACUAAGGAUCUCUCUGUGCAAUAUAAGACUCAUAGGUCAAGAUUGGAAACUGUUGACAGCCUUGUCUCUGCAAUGACUUCCCAAGCUACAUAUGAUGGACUCAGCAGCCCAAGUAAUAAUGAAAAUCAAAGAUAUUCUACUGGAAACAUGCCCUCAACAUCCAAAUUAUCUAGGAAUGCAGAGCAAUUGAGCAGUGAUAGUCUGUUUCAUCCUGUUACAGGAGAAAAAGUAGAGAAAGGCUCUCCAAUGGCUCUUCUUCUGGCUGCACAAUUGCGAGCCAAUAGAGUCAAGUCUUCUGUUCCUGCCUCUCAAAAUAAUAGUUCUGUUUUGGAGAAAACUCAGCUCAAGUUGAACAAUAGCUGCCAAUCAGAGAAUGGGUUAUCCAGCAUUUAUUACAGCAAUUCAAAACCCAACACUAUCAAGGUGGUCCCAAAGUCCCCACACAAUGACUUAUUGGCAGUCUCUGAAAGUAAGCAAUGUAAUGGAGCAAGUGCAUCCAACAACAAUAUCAGGAGUUUGUCAGGACAAACUGAAAAUAUGCCACAAAUAUUCUCCAAUGCUACCGAACAAUGCAGGAGCACAGUGAAAUUCAGGGAGAUAAAUGAGUCUCCGAGUCUUUCAUCAAAUAAGUGUGGUUCUUCUAUUUUGCUUCAAAACUCAAACUCAAGUCACUUGAAGCAGCAAGGUCCACAGAGUGCAUCCGAAAGUCCCUUUCAUUUUUUCUCUCCACCCCAAAACCAUACAGUUAAAAAUGAUCAGGUGGAGGAAGGAUUCAAUUAUGAAAUAAUUCCUCCACCACCAGAGUUCAGCAACGAUACCUCUGAAAUCCCAAAGUUUUCUUCAGAUACUCAGGUCUCAGAUAUGCAACCUAACUUCAACAACUCAAGCUACAACUAUGGCAAUAGUUACCCUCUGACAUCAGCAGUCCAAAGGCCAAAUGACUAUAGUCACCCUUAUCCAGCUGGUAGCUAUACCUCCAAUUACCUUAGUAGCUGUCCCAAUAGCCGCCCCCUAAUUAAAAAACGCCUUUAUUUAUCAGAGACUGAUGAUUUAUAUAGUAGGACAGCUAUGUCUGCUCGCAGUAUGAGCACACCUAACUCCUAUGGCUACAACUCUUCAGCUAUGGAAGGGAUUCAUCGAGCAAAUUAUCCUCACAGAAAUGUUCCCAAUAGUACACAGGGUCGAAGGGUAUCCUUGGAAUUGCCUGGAAAAAUUAUAACUUACAAUACUUCUGUCAAUGAUGCCCAGUCUAAAAGCCAAAAUGGAGACUAUUCCGCCAAUGCCUCUGGCAGGCCUUUCCACAUUAGUCCACAAUAUGGAACUCUAAAUACAUUUACUGUCAGGCCUGGCACAAGACAACCCAUUUCUUAUUCCUACCAAGGCCUUCUUUAAGAUCAUUCUGUCAGAAGCUCUGCAUCUAUACACAGCUUGUUACUACUCAACCUGGACCUCAUUCUUUGUUCUGUAUUAUAACUCGCCUCUGUAGGGCCUCUGUAUCUUUUUGUAAACAUAUUAGUUUUAAGUUAUUCAGACAAUGUUAUGAAUGAGUCUUAUGAAGCUAUCUUGGUAACAAACCUCUUUGCAUCAUGUAAGAAUAGCUAUGUAAGUGUCUUCAUUCUAGGGCACAUUUGACUAAUAGGUCAGAACAGGCAUGGAGUAAAUUUUACCUUACUACCUUACCGUCUUUACAAACAUGCAUUGGUCAUUCAGAAAAAGCAAGUAAAGGAGGAAGAAUGCAACAGAAAGGUGAAGCAAAGAACCUAUGAUCCAAGAUGAAGAAUGCAGUUCAGUAACCCACUCAUGGCUGCUCUAGAUCAGGCAUGGCCUAAAAAGCCCGCUGUUAGCUAGAAGAAAAUGGUACAGUUGUGGGAAAAGAAAGGAAGAGUUUAGAGGAAUAAAGGAUGAGCAAGAGAGAAAGAUUAGAAUUUUGUGAUACUUGCAGUUUCAAUAGUGCUAGCACAAAAGAAAAUUGACAGGAAAUUUUGUCUAUGGAGAUUCUCACUCAUCCAGGUCAUGGCUAUCUCAAAGGUGUUUUUGAAGAAGUAACUGGACUGUCU